AGAAACUAAAAAUGCUUUCUAACAUGGUAUUAAUGCGUCUUCUAAAAUAGAAAAGGUUGUAUGUUCCAAAAAAUCGUUUUAACUUAUUUUGCCAAGGCGGGGGAGAUUUAAAGAACGAAUCUUUUUACACGAAACCAUAAUGGUAUAUUUCGCAGUAAAAACGAAAGCGUAACAAAAAAUGAUAAGGAAGCUUUAUGACUGCCAUGCAGUUAUAGCUAAAAAAAGUACAAAGAAGAACAUGGAAGGCACUAUUGCAGCAAUCAAGAAGAUCAUUGACGUUUAUACUGCUGAGGAUGGGUUGAAAUAUUUUCGGGUAGCAUGGAAAGAUACAUGGGAGCCUGAAUUACAUUUAAUCAGCUGUCAAGAUGCUAUUGAUGAAUUUUGGAAGCAGCGUUGCAGAAACAAUGAGGCUGACAAAACAUCAGAUAAAAAGAAUUAUAGAGAUUUUGAAUGCCAAACACAAAGUCAUAUAAAGCAAUACCAUACAACCUCGAGCAUCCAAUGUAAUUCAAUCAACACUACCACUACACUGCAGAGGAUAAGCCAAAAAAGCGAAUAUUCCACAAAUAACAUUCCAAAGGAACACCAUGACAGUUCAUUGCCAAACAGGAUAUGCUCUUAUUGUGAAGGAAAAAGUGGAAAAUACAUCGAAUCUUCAGUUCAGUGUGAAAUACUAAAAAAAGCUGUGUGUGAAUCCAUAUCAACGCAGUGUAAUACGUUUUCUGAGAUGCACAAACACGAAGUUGAUGUUAGUAAUGUUGGUGAUGUGGAAACAUGUGACAUGGAAUGUCAACAUGAAUACAAUUCGAGAGAUUUUGCUGCCCAGCAACAGCCGUUCACGACAGAUAUAGGCCUGCACAUUAGACCUACAAUUUGUAGCAGAAGUAUACAAGUUAAUGUAUGUAGCACAACGAAUGCGGUUAAGCAUAAGAGCGUAAAAGUAUCUUCUAAUGCGAUGACUCAGUACGAGAAAAAUUGGUUUUGUUUUGAUGCUGCUACUCAGUGUAAAGAAGAGGUGAUCAGAAGAGACUCGAGCACACAGUUUGUUAAGCAAUCUGUUGAUUCUAGUACUCAGUAUGAGAUUUUCAGUAAGAAUCAAGGGUGUCAGCAUACAAACAACUUAUGUGAAAUAGGUAUACAAUGUAAUUUUAAUGACACAUCUGUGUUUUUUCAUGAAAAUUUGUCAGCUAAAGCAGUUCUGAUUGAAACAGAAGUCGAAGAUGGUUGCGUACGCAAAGAAGAUAAGAGUCAUACAGCUGCUGAGUUAUACUCCACUAAGUCCACACUUACGGAAUCUAAUGAAAGCUGUUUUCAUAUAAACAGUAUUGUGGAAUCAGAUAAUACUGAAAUUACGAAAUUAUCACCACCUAUCAAUGCCGAAACACCAGUCAACAACGAUUUUCUAUUAGAAGCUGCAUCUCCAGACACUACAACUUUGACUUUAGAGAAAAAUUGUGCAGAUGAACAGCCAGAUUAUGGUAAUUGUACAUUAUUUCAGCCAUUAACUCUGACUAACAGACAACCUUAUACCAGCGUUUAUUCAGUAAGUACCUCCUCGGAUAGCAUCACACUACCAAACAAUAUUAUUCCGCAUUCUGAGGAGGUUCAGAACCUAUUAAAGGGACAUUACAUUGAUACCGUGGAUAAACAAAGGCUGAAGCAAAUGUACUUUCUGACUGAAAAUCCAUUAGUUGGUGUGACGAGCAAUGUAGAGACAAAGCCGUCAAAACGGGGGAGGAAAAGAAAUAUCACCGUCAGUGGGCACAUUAAGCGAAAAAAACUUUCUAUUACGAACGAAGAACUGUGUUCAAAUUCAUAUCAGACUGUUAUACCAAGGCCGUUGUUUGUCGAACAAGCAUCAAUUAUGGGAGGAAAUAAUCCAUUGCAAAGUUUGGUGGAACUUAGUAAAAGCGCUGGAACAAUAGGUAACCGGCUCACGUCGGGUUCGUCUAAGGUAAAUUGUACUCAAUCAAAUAAUAUGUCCUUUGGUGUAACAUACAUAACGCCAGUGCCGAAGUCCGGUAUAGCUGGGCAAACCGAUAAAUCUACGACUGACGAUCUCAGGUGCACUUCUCCAUAUGUAUAUUCUAAUGCCAGCUCUCCUGUGGAUAGUCAAGGCAUUCGUUUAUUUUCCUUUUCAACGAUAAAUAAUCAAUCAGUAAAUGCAGAUGUGCAAUUGGAUAACGGUUUAAAUGAAUCGCUUGCGUCCACUGUUUAUGACCCGAAUUCGCCUGCAACACAAAAAUAUACGACUACUUGUAAGGCUGAUAUGAAUCAGUCGGAUUUACCUCGAAAAGAAAUUGUUUCGUUAAUGGUGGAAGAGAAAGGUAUCAAUGAAGAUUUUAUAUCAAAAUACUGGAAAUGAUGCUCUUUUCUUUCCCAUAGAAUGAAAGACAUAAUAUUUCAGUUUUAGAACCUAAAAGAAUAUGAUUUUAGAUGUAUUAUAAAAUUUUAUUGUUGCAAAAAGUUUUUCAAAUUAAUUUUUUUUUAUUUAAAUUAAGUUCUUCAGGUUGUGGAAAACUUGUUUUGCUGAACAAUUAUGACUGAUGGUGGACAUUUUUUGUAUAAUUACUAUCGACUGUACUUCAAAACUGUAAGUGCUUGCAGUUUUGACUUGAAAGAAGAGUACGCUUUUUAUAAGAAACCCAUUUAUCCGAAAAUUUUACUAGUGCAGAUUGUUAGAAAUUAGAAGCCUGUGAGAAACUUGAGAAUAUGAGCUGUGUUAAUAUCGCAAUUUCCCCUAUUUGAUUUGGAAGAACGCAUAACUUUACCGCUAAUCGAAGUUGUGUGGUACUUGUUUGGUAAAUACAUACAAAUGUUCACCCUUGCAUGUUUAAUAUUUUGUUAAAUACCCCUUCAUUCUUCAAGCUACACAGGAAACGUUUGGAACUAAAAUCGUGAAUAAAAGACCUAGAUUAUCAGUUACUUUGAUUGAUUUAUAAUUUAAACAAAAUGUUUUUUUUUAUGUUCGUCUUAUAUUUAAGAUUCUGCACAACUCGUCAGUUUGAAAUUAGGUAUUUGGCAGAACGGAAAUACAGGUGUUAAUAUUUACUCUCAAAUGUUGAAACUUACAAAGAAAGAAAGCGUCUAUUUCUGCA